AUGCAUCUUCUCCAAGCUUGCAAGCUGGCUGUCAUUGCCACGGCUGGACUUACUCUUGCCCACCCCGGUGCUCAUGAGCCUAGCUCUUACACUGCCGUGAGCAAGCGGAACUUCCUGCACAACGCCCGAAGCUCCCUUGACAAGUGCGCCGACAAGCUCGAAGCACGUGGAGUCAAGGCUCGUGCCGAUGCCCGUCGUGCAGCUUUGCUUGAGAAGCACAGGAAGCGGUCAAUCACCAUUGAGACUCGUGACACCGACAAGGUCGUGAAUACUUCCCAUCAUUCCGACCUCCACGUCACCCCGAACACCUCCGCGGACGAGCUUUUCGACAAGGACCCGGUCUGCAUUCUUGCGCCGGAGGGGGAAAUUGGCCCCUUUUGGGUCAAAGGCGAGCUCAUCCGCUACGACAUCGGCGACGGGCAGGCCGGUAUCCCUAUCUACCUCGAUGGACAGUUCAUCGACAUCAACACCUGCGAGCCCAUUCCGGAUCUCUACUGGGACGUGUGGAACUGCAACGCGACUGGUGUCUACUCUGGCGUGCAAAGUAGCAUGAACGGCAACGGUGACGAUGACUCCAACCUUGACAAGACAUUCCUCCGCGGCAUCCAGAAAACCGAUGAGGAUGGAGUUGCGGGCUUUAAGACUGUUUUCCCUGGCCACUACUCCGGCCGCGCAACGCACGUCCACGUUGUCGCUCACCUUAAUGCAACGCUCUUGCCAAACAACACCCUCACCGGUGGUUACGUUCCCCAUAUCGGACAACUGUUCUUUGACCAAGACCUGAUCACUGAAGUUGAGGCGACCUACCCAUACAACACUAGCACCGUGGCGAUUACAGAGAACGCAAGCGACCACGUUGUCAUCGAUGAGACCGAGAACAGCGACUCCGACCCUUUCUUCCAAUACGCACUCCUUGGCGACUCCAUUGAAGACGGUAUCUUCGCUUGGGUUACUCUUGGUGUCAACUCGUCUGUUAGUCACGACUCGGCUGUUUCUUACGCCGCGUCAUUGACCGCCGAUGGAGGUGUUUCGAAUUCGAACUCCGAUUCCGGACCCGGUGCACCCUUCUGA